AUGGCCGGUCCGAGCGCCCUCUGCUCCGCGCUCGGGCUCUGCAGCAUCCUGAGCCUCUGGGCUCUGCCGGCGCGGGCAGCGCAGCGGCAAGAGGACACUCUCUACAUGUGGAUUGAUGCUCAUCAAGCCAAAGUCCUGAUAGGCUUUGAAGAGGAUAUUCUGAUUGUUUCAGAGGGGAAAAUGGCCCCAUUCACUCAUGAUUUCAGAAAAGCCCAGCAGAGGAUGCCAGCUAUUCCAGUCAAUAUCCACUCUAUGAAUUUUACCUGGCAUGCAACAGGAAGGGCUGAGUACUUUUAUGAGUUCCUGUCCUUGCGCUCACUGGAUAAAGGCAUAAUGGCUGAUCCAACCAUAAAUAUCCCCCUGCUUGGAACAGUUCCUCACAAAGCAUCAGUCGUUCAGGUUGGAUUUCCAUGCCUUGGAAAACAAGAUGGAGUAGCGGCGUUUGAAGUUACUGUGAUCAUAAUGAAUUCAGAAGGCAAUGUAAUCCUCCAAACACCCCAAAAUGCUAUCUUCUUUAAAACAUGUCAGCAAGCUGAAUGUCCAGGAGGGUGCAGAAAUGGAGGUUUUUGCAAUGAAAGGCAUGUCUGUGAAUGUCCAGAUGGAUUUUACGGGCCUCAUUGUGAGAAAGCUUUGUGUGCGUCCCGCUGCAUGAAUGGUGGGCUCUGUGUCACACCAGGUUUGUGCAUCUGCCCUCCUGGAUUCUAUGGUGUCAACUGUGAUAAAGCUAACUGCACAACAACCUGUUUCAAUGGAGGAACCUGCUUCUAUCUAGGAAAAUGCAUUUGUCCUUCAGGACUCGAGGGAAACCAUUGUGAAAUUAGCAAAUGCCAACAGCCAUGUAGAAAUGGAGGUAAAUGUACUGGUAAAAAUAAAUGUAAGUGCUCCAAAGGUUACCAAGGAGAUCUUUGUUCAAAGCCUGUCUGUGAACCUGGCUGUGGAUCAUAUGGAACCUGUGUGGAACCUAACAAAUGUCAAUGCAAAGAAGGCUGGCAUGGAAGACAUUGCAACAAAAGGUAUGGAGCCAGCAUUAUGAGUGCCCUGAGGCCAACAGACCCCAAGCACAGACAGCACACGCCUUCACCUAAAAAGGCUGAAGAGAGGCAUGUUCCACCCGAAUCCAAUUAUAUCUGGUGA